CUCAAGCACUGGAACAGAUCACUGCUGUUUGUGUAUCAAAAUCUUUUACUGAGAAUUACAGUGAGUGAUAUGGAUUUUAAAGCAGUGAAACUGUUUUUUUGUGUAAUUUGUCUGUCGCAGGCAACCCUGGAGCAGAGCUCGACAAAGAAAAAAAAUGGGAAAAAAGAGUCUGCUAACAGUGCUGCUAUUGAGGAGCUGAAGAAGCAGAUAGAAAAGAUUGUGCAGGAUCUGAAUCUGUUGAAGGAACAGCAAGCUUUACAAACAGUCUGCCUGAAAGGCAUCAAGAUCCCUGGCAAGUGUUUUCUUGCGGACACGAUGAAGAAGACCUUUCACGCAGCGAGCGAUGACUGCAUAGCAAAAGGUGGCACACUUAGCAGCCCUGUUUCUGGUGACGAGAACGACCAGCUGUACGCGUAUGUCCGUCAGACCAUCAGGCCAGAAGGGCACAUAUGGUUGGGCAUCAAUGACAUAUCCAAGGAGGGGGAAUGGACAGACCAGACCGACUCCACCAUACGCUUCAAGAACUGGGAAUCAGAGAUCACCCACCAGCCUGAUGGCGGCCGCAGUCAGAACUGUGCCAUCCUCUCCAGCACAGCCAAUGGAAAGUGGUUUGAUGAGGACUGCCGUCAUGACAAGGCCUCUGUCUGCCAGUUCAACAUUGUCUGAGCUCCUCACUGUUAUAGCAGUAAAGGGGGGACCAACUCCCUAGUAAUAGCCUUGGUUUUGAAAUUAAAUGUUCAACAAGUCUCCACAUAACUCUGGCAGUGUAGUGUAGUAUACAUACUGCUUUUAGUAGCUGCAUCUGGAAGAGUUCAAAAUUCACAUCUUCCUUUCUGGAUCUGGGAUCGGGUCAAAAACAUUGGAAAAAAAUCGGAAAGCUGUGGGAGAGUGAAACAACUGUCUGUGGUUCAACCAGCUUUAUUUUGUUUUGAUUUUAUUUCAAAAUAUUUCUUAAAUACACAAUUCACAGUUGCACAUGACAAAAUGUGCAAAUAUAUUAUACACUCACAAUGCAUAAAUGAAUUCCGACUUGCCCCUCGUUAAUUAAAAAAGCAGACACAAUAAGGCCCUUACAAUGCAAGUGAAAGGGGCUAGUAUGGGGACAUACUAACGCUAAAAUACUGUACACAUCGUUUCAAAAGUAUAGCCAUAGGAUGUAAACAUUUUACAUGUUAACAUGAAAAUUACUAACCUUUCCGGGAUUACAGGGUUUCGUUGUCAUGACAAAGUUGUAAUUUUAGAUAUAAGUUUAAAAAGAUAAGGUUAGUAAGGUUAUAGCCAGAGCAAAUAGAUGUGAAAAUGUUAAACGUCAACAUAUUCAAACAUAAAGACAUAUAUUGUGAAAGCAUCAUCAUAUCUUUAUUUAUAAUUUUUUUUUUUUUUUACAAAUGUAUUCACAUUAAUAUCACAUUUUAAUCAAAAUGAUCCCUUAUAUUAUGUAACCUAACUAUGUACUUAAAGUGAUAGUUCACCCAAAAAUGAAAAUUCUCUCAUCAUUUUCUCACCCUCAUGCCAUCCCAGAUGUGUGACUUUCUUUCUUCAGCAGAACUGAAUUUUUAGAAGAAUAUUUCAGCUCUGUAGGU